AUGUUGUCGCAACCUCAACAAGAUAUCAAAGCUCUGUUGCACAACAUGCGUGCACAGAUCCUGACAUUAACCAUGCAACUCGCCGAGCUGCUGGCGAAUCCUCCUGCAGCAACCCCCUUGGUAGAAAAGAAAUUCAAUAAGAAAGUCAAAGUCGUCGCUGACCCUGGUGCCUUUGAGGGAGACAGAGCCAGUGUUAUCUCGACUAAAGGGACCUGUGGCGGGUCGAUACGCCCAAGUAAGACUUCAGGAUGCUACACCGCAGGAGUGUGGCCCACCUGGGACGAUCUCAAAGUAGAGAUUGAAAAAUAUUUCAAACUGCAAGCUGAGCGUGACUGGGCACGUCAGCAAAUCUGUUCCUUCAAACAAGGCAACAUGAGGAUGGAUGAUUCUGUAACCCGGUUCUUGGCCCUCUCCAUCCAAGGGGGUCUUGGUAAUGAACAUGCAGUAGAGCUGCUAGAACACAAUGUGAAUCCCCACAUUGCAGAACAGCUUUACCUGCAGGAUAUGAGAAGUGAGAAUCUCUCCAAAGCAGCGGAGGAGGUUUGA